AGCGGCAUGUAAGGCACUAGGAAACACAAAAGCGGCAGUCGCCGCACGCGUGCGGCUGCGCACUCAAAAACGCCAGGAAAGGACUCAUUUGGACACGCCGUCGACGCCUGCGACCGAUGCGACGCCAACUCCUCGCACUAACGACGCUGGCCGCCCGGGCGCUGCAGCCCCCGCGCACGCGCGCGCGGCACACGCGCCACUUUUCCGUCAGCGGCCGUAUAUAUGAAGGCGACGGCCCGACGAUCGAACUCUUCACGAAGGAGGGCUGCACGCUCUGCGACGCCGCGAAGGCCGUCCUCGACGCGUUACGAAACGACGCGCCCCAUUCCCUCGUAGCCGUGGACAUCACGGACCAAGACAAAAAACAGUUGUGGGACAGGUACAAGUACGACAUCCCCGUGCUCGCGAUCGACGGCGUGUACUGGACGAAGCACCGCGUCACUGAGGGAGACGCGCGCGCGGCCAUCGACGAGGCGACUGCUGGAGAGUUCCGAGAACGCCCGGGCGAGCCCGACGCGUCGCGGCUAGAACGAUAACA